GAUGGAUGCAGCAGCUUGGAAUUUGAUGUUUUUAGUGGUGUACGUAGUUGCAGUAGCAGUAGACCCUUUGUUCUUUUAUCUUCCUGUCAUCGAGGACAACCCUAGUAAUGCUACCAAAUGCAUUACUACAGAUAAAACUCUGAAAAUCAUUGCUAUUUGCGUGCGAUCGUUCCUGGAUUUGGUUACUAUUGGGGAUCUGGUUCGUCAAAUAUCAAAAAGGAUCCGCUUAGAAGCCUCAGAGUACGUAAUUAACAUUCUCGGUAUUCUUCCAGUCCCCCAGGUUCUAGUGCCAAUCAUAGUUUCUGGAAUGAGCGGUUCAAAAUCCCGGAAGAUAAGGAAAUUCCUAAAUGCAGUUGUUAUUUUGCAAUAUGUGCCAAGAAUUCUCCGUGUCUGGAUAUUGUGGAAUAAAGCUGUCAACGACGCUAUGAACAAUCAACCUAAAACUGAGAGUAGUCGUCCUACUGACGAGGACAAUGAGAAGGAAAAGAAAAAGGAAAAGAAAAGGAAAAAGGAAAAGAAAAUGAAAAAGGAAAAGAAGAAAUAUAUGGUGUUGAAAGCUGGAUUGAAUCUCUAUCUGUAUCUCAUCGCCAGUCAUGUACUGGGUGCUUUUUGGUACUUCUUCUCCAUCGAACGAGAGACCAAGUGCUGGCACUUGGCCUGUCAUGAGCAUAAUAUUACAUGUAACAAUAGUACUUUUCACUGUGAUAAUGAUUUUAGAAUUAAUCACCCGAUUAUAAAUGAAUCUUGCUCUUUAAAAGAUCCAAAUACCAAUCUCUUUGAUUUUGGAAUAUACCAAAAAGCCCGUCAAUCUGGUAUACUGGAUUCCAUGGAUAUUCCGCAAAAGACCUUGUUUUGUUUCUGGUGGGGCCUGCGAAAUUUGAGUUCAUUUGGUCAAAACCUUGAAACAAGUCCUGAUUACUGGGAAAACUGCUUCACAAUUUUAAUCUCGAUCUUUGGCUUGCUGUUGUUUUUAUACUUCAUCGGAAAUUUGCAGGUGUACAUGCAGUCGGAGGCAUCUGAGUGGUUACAAAGAUAUAAGCAACGUAGCUACCAUGGCAUUCACGCGGCUAACGAGUUGGAAACAUUCGAGCAACGUAGCCACCAUGCCAUUCAAGCAGCUUGAAUGAGUCUAGCAAAGUAUGGAUGGCAUCGCGGCCUCAUUCAAUAAUUAAGUACUUUGUUAGUUGGGCAAUAGUCUAUUCAAUAAUUAAGUACUUUGUUGGUUGGGCAAUAGUCUAUUCGCCGCAAAUACGUUUAGCAACGAUC